AUUUUAGAUUACACAAUAAUAUAGAUUACACAAUUUUAGAUUACACAAUAAUAUAGGCCAACAGAGAAGCCUCUUCCCAACAAGCUGGACACCAUAAGAAGAGCUCAUACCGCUUUGCUGCAUCUCCGAAAUUCUUUGAUUGGUUUACGGAGAAAGAGAAAGGUGUGGGUUCAGUGUUUUGAGGGCAAAAAAGACAAUGAGAGAGAGACAGAGAGAGUCUUCGUCCAUUUGUAUAGCUUCGGCCAAAGACGAACGAAGCCAGAUCUGGGUGUACCUCAGCAAACCAGAUCUGUUAGCGAGAGAAGCUUCGUCCAUUUGUAUAGCUUCGGCCAAAGACGAACGAAGCCAGAUCUGGGUGUACCUCAGCGAACCAGAUCUGUUCGCAUUCGCUACGGAAAGAGAGAGAGAGAAGCUUAGGGGGACAGAAAAAGAGAGACACAGAGAAGAAGAAGCUUACCUCGCAUGAGUCGACGAUCGCCUGUGAUGAACGUCCUCACCAACCAAUGCUUGGAGCUGAGCUCCUUGGACGAAAGUG